AAGAAAAACAAAAAAGUAGUCAACUCUCAACUGAACUAACAAGAACAAAAUUGCCAGUGAAGAUCGCGCUUUAUUAUGGUUUUUAACUAAUUCAAAAACGUUGUUUACAAAUUCAGAGAUCCGUUGUAAAGUGAUAUAUAUUGCAUUGUUAAAUUUUCAAAAAAGUACUUAAAAGUUCAACCAUGUUUCGCAUAAUAUUCGAGGUAAACAACAGCAAAAUUGUAACUUUUACAAUUUGAAUUUCAUCAGAUGUCAAUGCCUUUAAUGCGUCCUUUAACUAGUCUAAAAGGCGUUCGCCUCUAUUCGAGUAACAUCACAGACAAACCACCAAUUAAAAACCUCGCCGAUAUACCUAUUAUAGAUUUUGAAGACAAUCCAGAUCAUUUGCCUAUUCCAGAAUAUCCAGUCAAGCUCAAUGAACCAUUAGAGCAACAGAAACAAAGGCUUCUCUAUCAAUCACGUAAACGUGGUAUGCUAGAAAAUGAUUUGCUAUUGAGUACAUUUGCAUCGAAAUAUCUGAAGGAUAUGACAAAAGAACAAACUAAAUUAUACGAUAAUCUUAUAAACGGAGUAACUAACGAUUGGGACAUCUAUUACUGGGCAACAAAAACUAAGCCCACUCCAACCGAGUAUGACAAUGAAAUUAUGGACAAACUAAAGAUUCACGUUAUGAAUGAACAGAAAGAGAAGAGGUUGCGUCAACCUAAUUUAUAAUUUAUUUAAAUUAUUUUAUUGAACAAUAAACAAAAAUGUAAUCAAAACAGUUUUUUAUAAGACAUAGCCUACAAUAAAAAACAGUUUUAGUUACAUAUCUACAUGGAAAGUCAUUUAAAUAAAUUAUUCAAUAAUCAGAAAUGUAA